UUGUAACAUAAUUAUUUAUACUGUAAAAGUAAUGCAUCCUUUAUGAAUAAAAUGUGUAUUUUAUUUAUUUUAUGAAAUACCUAUUUUUUAACUCUAAGGUAUGUGCCUAGAAAAAAAUAAAAUAAUUCAAACCUAAUGAGAAGUGUUCACUGGCAUAAAAAGUGUGACAAGAAAUCUAGUUCUGCCCAGUAAAGAUAAACUUCAAACUUCAGAUAUAGAUUUUUAUUGACUUUUCCAAAACAUCAAAAAGCUCCUGAUGAGAAGGCAGUGACCUCAAUUUCUGAGGAGACUGUAAGCAGUAGGUGGGUAUGCUGAAAACCAUUUGGUCCAAAGCAGUUUUUUUAUUUUCAUAAUGAAUUGACCUAUUAUGCAUCUCAUGUAAAAACAUGGGGGCUGGACGUUUUCAUGAACGAUAGUGAGUCAGUCGGCAAACACUGUCAGAUUCAGAGUCUCAAAAUGAUAGUUUACUUUUUGUAACCAAAAUUCCCCUGGGUCUCAUUAACAUUUACAGCAAAAUAGUGAAUCAUUGUAAAAGCGCCUUUACUGUAAACACUGGCCAAGAUCAAUUAUGUUUCUAUUUACCAGAAAACCUUCAGAAACUAAAGAAAGAACUCUGAAUAACUGUCCUGCAUUUUAUCUAACAAGUUAAAUGGAGCUGUUAAUGAUUGCUGCCUCAUGUCAUAGACUUCAGGAGGGUUCGCCAACUUCACCAUAAACCGCUCCAUCUGACCGACAAGACAUCAGCUGUCAUCAAGAAGGCCCAACAAUGCCUUCACUUUCUCCGAAGGCUGAAGAAAGUGGAACUUCCUAUAUACUAGCCAUGACCCUGUUUAACAGAGGGACACCUGAGAGCCUGUUGACCUAUUGCAUCUCGUCCGGGAUUGGCAUACGGUGGAGGAGAGACACAAUCUCAGCCGGACUGUGAGAACAGCUGAGAAAAUUAUUGGACUCAUUGCCACAGCUACAGGACUUCUACUCAGACCACUGUGUGCUGAGAGCUGGUGGCAUCCUGAAAGACUACACACGGCCAUUUUAUGGAUUGUUUACAUCGAUGCAGUGAGGAAAACAACUUAUCUGCUAAACAGCUUUCUUCCUACAGCAGUCAGGCUGCUAAAUCAGAGUUUGUGACUUUAUUGUGGUUAUUUUCUAUUAUUAUAUUUUAAUACAUUUAAAGUAUUUUAAAUAAUUUUACUAGAAUAUUUAUGUUUUAGUAUUUCUUAAAAUGUUUUACUGUUUUACAAGGCACUGAACCAUAAGCUGUGGACGUGUGAAACACAAUUUGACAAAUAAAUGACAAAUAAAGCAUCUAUCUAUCUAAAGAUAUUAAUCUCUAUUGUUUAUGACUUCACUUCCAUGUCUGAUUUAUUCUAAUACAGAAAGAUGUAACAUGAUAUACAUGUUUUUGAGCCUGUUGAUCACGUAAUUUGAUAUGAACUUUCUCUCAUUGCCGUAGACUCUGUCACCCGCGUGCUACAUGCUGCAUUCAUGCUCACAUGAGUGACGUAGAUAUCACACUUUCCACCCUCUGCCACAACGGCUUGCCAUUUGUAGCUAAAGAGGUGUUGAUGGUGGGAGUCCGUGAUGCUGCUUCCUGUCUCCAUUGCACAUCAGAAUUUCCCCUUUGCCCGCCCACUUUCAUUUUGUGUAGAGCCUGGGCUGUCUCACUUCAGUCUGUCCGAGUCUCUUGAUAGAGUCUGUUCUGCUCCUGAGUCAAUGUAGAUCGUUGCUUUCUCCAGCCACCCACACCGUUUGACCCCGACUGAAAAUUUUAGAGUGGUAUUCUGACCUAGAGGACGGCAUCUGUUGGUCAUCACAACACAACAAACCUAUGACGGUGCUGAGUGGUCACGGCGUGCCUAUUGUCAAAUCGUCGACCCAAAGCAGCAUGGACGUAAUCAGCAUCCCAGCCAAAGAUGUUCCAGUGAAUAUGGGAUUCUCCCUUAGUCAGCAGACUAAAGCCAAUCUGACCAACACCUCCCACAAUGCAGGAAACAUCAACCAAAGGCGCUGGAAGAAAUUCUUCCAUCAAGUACAGAAAAAGAACAUGGAGCAUCCCCAAAACACACUGUUUGGGCGACCCUUGUCUGAUGUCUGUCAAAAAGAUGGGUGUCCUCCCAAAGCAAUUAUGGAUAUCUUUACAUUGCUGCUGAGAAAGGGUCUGUCCACUGAGGGGGUGUUCAGGAAGGCCGGGAACGCCAGGGCUCUCAAAGAGAUCAAGGCGCAGCUCAACGAAGGGAUAGAAGUGGAUCUGAAAGAGCAUUCGGUCUUUUUGCUUGCAGAUCUUGUCAAGGAUUUUCUUAGACAACUGCCUGGCUGUUUGCUAAUGGUGGAGAAGUACAAAUCCUGGAAGACUGCAAUGGAAAAGGAAGGUCAAGAGCAGAAGUGUGCUGAACUUAAAAUGAUGAUCAACACACUUCCUGAGCCGAAUUUUCAGCUCUUGAAGCACUUUAUGGUUCUGCUCUACCACAUAAGUGAGAAUGCAGAUAAGAACAAGAUGAGUUCCUCCAAUCUGGCUACUUGUGUUUCCCCCAACUUGCUCAAAACAGACACUAUGGAAAAGAUGGAAGAGGUGACGAAACUGACUGAGUUUCUCAUUGACAACUGCCCUCAAAUAUUUGGUGAGGAUGCAUUGACACUCUUUGGAGACUCUGAUGAAGAUGAACUCAGCGAUAGCCAAGACUCUAUUUCUUCGCACCGUCACGACUCUGCGUACGACAGUAAUGACCCUGAUGAUGACGUGGACUCUAUCAAAUCCGCCACUGAAGAGAAAUCCCAGAAACAUUCCAGCGCAGAGGAACUUUGGACAAAAAAACUGAUUCGCAGACGUUCAGAACCAGUAAUCAACCUCAAAGAGGGAGUUCAUCAGCACCUUGCCCUCUCCAGGAGCCAGACAGAAACAGACUUUUAUGACAAACUCUUAACAAAGCAGAUCUCGGAUGACUGUAUUGUGGUUAGAGCAGGCAACAGCUUGGGGAAGAGCAGGACAUCCUCUAAAGACGGUUCGUAUUACUCUUCAAGUUCACUUGAGAGUUGUUUCUCCAGCUCUUCGGAGAACUCUAUCCAUAACAGUCCUCUUAUUGGGUCUUCAUGCAAUCAGAGAAAAGCCCUUCAACGCAAACAUUCAUUCCCCACCCGCCAAUCGGCACCUGCACCGAAUCGCUCAGAGACCCCCAGAAAACGCUCCCAAUCCAUGAAGAGCGCACACAUCAGAAGCAGGACUGUCUUCGGGCGAAGCGGCUCCACCAAACGGGCCAUCGAAAGAGCCCUACGCCACAGCCAGACCCUACCUGAUGUACUGAAACCUCAACCGGAGCCGAGACGCUUGUGUAGCCAGGAGGUUUUUCAGCAGGUGGACAGCAGGAUACCAAGCAAUCCUCCAAGUUAUCAGCAAGCCGUUCAGGACAAUUCCCACAUCGCUCUCUCGAGCCGUAGAUCAUUGACUGUACAGGAUGCCAGGUGUCUGUCAAAGAAAACGUGCAGCUACUCAAGAUCUUCUAGUGAAGAGACAUUGGGAUUAUCUUCUGGGAAACAACAUUUCGAUAUCCACAAAAGAGACAAUAAAGAGACAUGUUGUGAUCGUAUGAGUGGAUUCUCCUCAAAGUUGAGACAGAGGACCACAUCUGAACCUGGGUAUGAAGCAUCAAUGCCAGUUUGGUGCAAUCAGAAAGACCUCAGAGAGACAUAUGUCUGAUGUAUUGUUCAUUUGUAUUAUUUGUUUUUGAUUUUUUUGGUGGAGGGGAAAUGUCUUUUGCAUAUGACCUCAUAAUGAGGCGUUAACAUUUCAGGGUUUCAAGUGCAAUUCAGUUGUGCUGAAUAUGUUGAAUUUGAUUCUUCAUUUUUGUCCAGUCUUUCGUGACAAUGUGUUGUUCAUGCCCUCUGUGCUUUGAUUCUACAGCACCCCAAAACCAAAAAUGUGACUGAAAGGCACUUUGAGGAAAAUUCACUACAUAGAAUUUAAGUUUUUGUGCAAUGUUUGCAGAACUAAUGUGCAUGCUUAAAAACAAUGCAAAUCAUAUGUAUGUCUUCUCAUCUUCGCAUGAAAUAAAGACAACAUAAAGCUAA